UUUGACUCCACGAGCUCGCCAUUUCAGGAUCUGCCCGUGUCUUUGUGCGUCUUUCUGCGUCAUGAUGCCGUCCACGCUGACCUCCGUCACCGCCCUCUCCUUGCUGCUGUGCGUUGCAUCUUCAUCUCCAUCGCUUCCUCUGCGUCGCACCAGUGUGGCUGCCUUUGCACCGCCACAUGCACCAACACCAACAGCAGCAUCAGGCUCAGCCCAAGGAGCCCUCUUCGGCAACUCAUCAUCACGCAGCCUGAGCAGGGACAGUGGUGUGGCUCGACGGGCAGCCGCGACGCUCACCACUGAGGCCGACAGGGAUGUCGAGACGCUGGAGGAGAAGAAGCAGAUGGCGGGGCUGGAGAGGUGGGACCCACAGGUACGUGUGUGUGGCCACCUGCAAGUGGUGUGUGCAGCACCCACUGGCUGAGCGUCGGGUGUCUGUCUGCCUGCCUGUCUGUCUGUCUGUGUGCAGGUGUGGGUGGCGCCAGCGGUGCACAACAGGAACAGCGUGCGGCUGCUGGCCUUGCUGUCCACCCUCCUGCUGGCCUCGGGCUCCACCGUCUUCGUCUCCAAGCAGCUGACGCUCUUCGUCCACUUGCUGGCCUAUGCCACCUGGCUUGGCAGCGUCAUCUACACCACUUUCGUUGCGGUAUGCACACACACACAAAGAGAGAGAGAGGGAGAGAGAGGGAGGGAGAGAGGGAGGGAGGGAAGGGGGAAAGGAGGGAAUUGGCCAGUGUACGCCCCUGUCUCCCUCUUGUGGUGUGAUGGUUUUGGUGUUUGCCAGGGAAUCACCAUGUUUCGCAACCUGCCGCGCAAGACGUUCGGGCGGCUGCAGUCGAAGCUCUUCCCGCUCUACUUCCAGCUCUGCACCGGGAUGCUGAUCGUGCUGCUGACCACAGGCGGGGCGAGCGUCCUGCCCAAUCGGGCCAUGAUGGCCAACCUCGCUGUGGCUCUCGUCAUGACGCUCGCCAAUCUUUUCGUCCUCGAGCCGAAAUCCACUGAGAUAAUGUUCAAGCGGUAGACGCAGGCAGACAGGCUUGAUGGUGUGUUGUCCUCUCUCUCUCUCUGUGUGUGUGUGUGUGUGUGUGUAGGUAUGAGAUGGAGGACCAAGGCAGGAAGGACGACCCGGAGUAUAAGGCGCUCGCCAAGGGUUUCGGCAAGUUCCACGGGCUCUCUUCGCUGACCAACCUGAUCGCCUUGUGCGGCGGGGUGGCCCACGGGUGGACUCUCGCCUCUCUCAUCGGAGCAUAGCACAGCACCGAAGGAGCGAGAGAGUGGUGGCCGAGCCAGAGGGUUUUCUCGGUCUGUGUAGCUGUAGCGUUGUGUAUCACUGUCUUGGGAGUAUCUCUCUAUAGGGCCUGGCCUGCUGCCGAUGGGCGGCAUACGCCCUGUUUCUUGUGUGUGCGAGGGAGAUCGGGUGCUGGCUGAGUGGAAAGGAAGGAGUGGGCUAAGCCUGCUGAUAGAUGAACAGACAGACAGACAGAGAGACGGACGGACGGACGGACGGGAGGAGGGAGUGCUGCUUGAGAGAGUCAGUCAGUGGACGGCCGCCGCACAGCCCCAUUCCACGGUGGUGGCGCACGGGCGCAAUGGAUGCAACCACCGUCCAAUUGCAGUCGUGUGUCACAUGCACGGAAUGCCGCUGUGGGAUGGCUGUCCGAGACACAGAAGAGAGGGCAGAUUGGUGUUGCUGUGUGCAGAGUACGAAGCAAAUCUCUGAGCCGUUGACGAUAUUGGACAAAUCAUCCAUGCAUGCUGUCCAUCCCGCAAUGAAUGACGCGCAGCAGC